UAUAUCUGGGCUCAGAGGUUGUGUGGGGUUAUUGCAGAGUCAAAAAGCUGGUAGCUGCUUUGCAUAGCUGAGAACAACUGGAUCUUGUUUACAUUCAGCCAGAGAAGACUUCUGGGGGUCAAGCAUCACCUCCUUCCAGCCCGACCCAGACAAGGAGCUGAAGGAAGAUCUCUGAGACCCAGCUGCUGCCACCAUGAGCUCAGAAGACCAUAGGGGAAGCUCAGAGAGCCAAAGCUUCUAUAAGGAUGUCUUUGAGUAUGUCCAGAAGAAUAUGAGUUUGGAAGAACUGCUAUCCCUGCUCACUGAAGAUGAACCCUGGGAGAAUCUUGUGACUGAGGCCAAAUUGUCCAGGGAAGAGGCAGAUGGACUCAGUGAAUGUCUGAUCAAGCUGCUAACAAUCUUGGACAGGAAGAACCAAGAGGUGUCCGAAAAAUACCAGCAGAAAAAGCAGAGGUUUUUGAAGGAGUUUCCUCAGGUAAAACAGGAGCUGAAGGAGAGCAUAAAAAAGCUCCGUGAGCUCGCAGACAAAGUUGACAAGGUGCACAGGGACUGCACCAUCGCCAAUAUGGUAGCCUCCUCCACCAGUAUUGCGUCUGGUGCCCUGAGCAUGCUUGGCAUGGGUCUGGCACCCUUUACAGCAGGCCUCAGUCUGGGACUCACAGCCACUGGAAUAGGGCUGGGAGCAGCAGCUACUGUAACAGGUUUGUCCACCAUGGCGGUGGAAACUGUAAACACGUCAUCAGCAGAAACCCAGGCCAUGCGCCUUAGCAAAGCCACAGCAAAAUCCGUAAGUCUUCUCAAAAAAGUUAAAGACUUUGCGAAGCAUAUUCAAGCCAUCAGGGUGGCCAGACGCAACCCUCAAUUAGUAGCCACUGCUCAGCGCUUCGUAAAGACCGGGCGACUCUCUGCCCAAAGUGCCCAGCAGGUGACAAGAAAUUUCGGAGGCACACCUCUGGCAGCGACUAAAGCAGCCCGCAUAAGGAGUGGAGUCCUCUCAGGUAUAUUCAUAGGGCUGGACGUGUACUCCCUGGUGAAAGACGCACAGGACUUGCAGGAGGGGGCAAAGACAGCAUCAGCUGAGAACAUGAGGCAGGAAGCCCAGGACCUGGAGAGGAAGUUGGAGAAGCUCACCCGGAUCUAUGAGAGUCUGCAAUAGGGCCCGGCUGGGCCACCCCUAGAGCAAUGCAGGGACCAGGGUCGUGUGCAGGGUCAAGGGGAGAAACCACGUAUUUUGGGCUGAAGAAGACACUGAGGGAAGAAUAAGGGAGAGACAGGGAGCUUAGCAAUGACAGGCCAGGAGUAGGGGAGCUUUGAAAAAGGGAGAAAGCCAGAGUUAGGAUUGUAGAGAUCCAGCACAAAUAGCAGGGGCUCCUCCAUUGCCCUCCCCAGGGUCUGAUAUUCCAGCAGGAAGGGUUUCCCCCUGCUGAUGGUCUCUAGCCCUGCUUCUCCAGCAUCAACUCACAUUUGAACUCAGUAGGAAGUGACUAGUUUGUUUCCAUGUUUAAUUAAAGUAUAGUUGAUUUACAAUAUUGUAUUAGCUUCAGGUGUGUAGCAAAGUGAUUCCAUUAUACGUGUAUCUAUCUACAGAUUUAUCCUUUUGAAAUUUUUUAUCAGUUCUUCAGUUCUGUUCAGUUAGUCGUUCAGUCAUGUCCGACUCUUUGCGACCCCAUGGACUGCA